GCGGAAACAAGAAGAUUUUUCAUAUGAUAAAACUAAAGAGCACUCGGAUUACAAAAAAGCAUUAGAAACAUUGAUUGGCUGUGUUGCUUAUACAAAUAAGGCAAAAAAAUGGCUAGAUACUUUUGAAAAUGAAAGAUCUUCCAAGAGUGUAAAUAAAUUCUGGAUGACAGUCAACGAAGAACUAAUUGAUAGCAAAAUAAAAAAUGAAGAGAACGAAUAUGAUUUAACUUUGACCACUAAUGUCAAUAAACAAAUGGGAACGUACGUAAAUGCUACCACUUCUCGUCUUACAAAACGAUUUUUAGAGUGUGCGGAAGAAAGCCCUCCAAAACGCGUGCCAAAGGAAGCAAUAAACGAUUCUCCCAAUAAUCCUUUUACUGUAUCUGGAAUACCUGGUGAGAGUAACUCGAAUGACUCUGGAACGCCCGAUGAAAGCAAUUCAGAUAAAUCCUAUCAUCCCAGUUCAGACGAAGCAGAUAAGUCUGAAUUAAGUGAAGGCGCGAAAAAGUGGUUUAUCGGCACGCUUGACGUUUCGAAUUUAUUGUUAGAAUAUCGGGAUAUGUCCAUCCAAAAGGCAUCUGAUAAUAAAAUUGAUGAGGUUGCCGAAAUACUUUCCUUGAAUCAUAUAUUUUUGUUUGAACAUAAUGUAUCAAGUGGAAUUUCUUUAAUGAUCGAACCAGAAUCAUUAAAAAGUAUUUUCAAUAACAUUAAAGAAGAAUUUACACCCUAUCAAAUGUCUGAUGAUGAUAUUCUACGAUGUCAUAAAAUGGCAAAGACCGCAAGUGAAGAUUUUGAAAAAUGCAAGUCGUUAUUAAGAAAAUGGCAAAAAGAACUAGUUGAUGAUCAAGAAGAUCUAAUUCUAGAAAUAUUCGAGUCAAUACAAGAAUUAAAAGAGGACACUUUUGUACACGAAGUAUUUGAACCUGUGAUUAAACCUUUUUUCCGCAACAUUAAUUUUAAAUGUGAAUGGUCAACUGACGUUCUGGAGGCAUCCGCACAUCGGAAACAUAAAUUUGACCCUUCAUUACAGGGAAGAAAAGCCGAUUUUUCAGUAUAUAUGCCUAUUAGAGUUAAUAAAUUUUAUUUGCUUGUCUCGGAAAUAAAGUCCGCCGAUUUUAUGUUAUCAAAUAAAAACAAAAUCUCUUUGGAAGACUGUGAUUUUGUGAAAUUAGGCAAUGAAAUGAAGGAUAUAUUGGAUAAAUGUAUUAAUAAUGGAGUUGAUAAUAAAAAUUUGAUUAUUUGUGGUUUAUUAGUAGAAGGCAAGUUUUCAAUGUUGGCCAUUUGUCAUGGAUUUAAAAUACGAAGCAAUAUACCGGAUGAUCCUUUUGGGAAAAUUUUAUCUUCCUCGGGAUAA